AUGACCAUGACGGAAGCGUUUCCGCGAAUCGGAAAUGCCGAGCAUGCUUGGCCCAUUCCCGUUUACAAGGUCUCGUUGCAGGAAGCGUGGCCCGAUAUUGCCGAUGAUGAAGGAAUUUACGUAGAUUGGAAAACCACGGAUGCUGAGGGCAAUGUGCGCGAGUUGAGGGACACGUUACGCACAAUCGUGCUGACUCCGGAACAUGCGGGUAGUGUGCGAGCAUGGGCAUGGCAACGAGACGCGACAAUACUGGAUAUGCGUGCUUACUACCAAUUUACCGAAGAUCAGACGACCGCCAGUUCCAAACGGAUCUAUUUGCAACGCUCCGGAUGUUCGGCCGAUUCCACACCGGAACGUCUUGCUGUGGUGGUUUUAUCAACUCUCCCUUCCGCUGGUUGUUUAAUACUUCUCCGUUUGUCUCUCGCCCCGACACCCCCUCUCCCGCCGAACAUACAUCUCACCUGGGCUAAAGCGACUGAGUGCGAAGCAGACGUCGGUGCGGACAAAGUGACCGUCAAGCGUACCGAGAGCGGUUGCGCUGUCCAAUUCAAGGUCUCAGAUCCGUCCUCCUCAGAUCAGUACGCGGUGUUCCUCCAGUCGGAGGACGGAAGCGAGGACAAGCAACUGGCGAUCGCAGCCGGCAUGGUGAAUCAACUUCAAGGCGAAAUCGAGUCCACUGACAUUUCGAUGAAAUUCGUCUCAGUCGAUGCACAACCAGGUGCGGAAAGUAGUCAACUGAGUGCAUUGGUGACAAUUCACUCUAAAGCAAUCGUGGACAGUAGUGGAUGUCGCCCCAUGUAUCUGGUGCUUCAUCCAACUUGGCCAGUCACGGAACAAUUGGAGAAACGUGUGGAACAUACUGACACACCGUUCACAUUUGCCGCACCACGCGAUCAAAAUCUUCUAGUGCUUGAUUUGGAAUUGCGCAUUGAUUCGGCCGGUCCGGACUCCCCAGAACUGCAUACUCGUCGAUCGCUAACCAUACCGCAUCCGAUGGCCUAUCAACUGGAACUGAAUGUGAACGCAGAAAAGGGAGAGGUCACGUGGUCUUCAUUGCCGUCACCAUUCAUCGAGUUGCUGGAAGAAUUUCGCGUGAAAGUGUCCAGUUUAAUCCGCGCAUGUGGUAAACAGGUGGAUUUGCAAACACCGAUUGUGCAUGAGGAACCAGACUACUAA